AUGUCCGGAAACAUCCCCACCGCCCUCACCCCGCGGCUGCUGGACACCCUGCGCAGCCAGCCAGGUAUGCCAAGCGACAUGUGGUACGCCGUCGUCGCUACUACGCUGUGCGUCCUGAACAGGCCGGAAGAGAUCCAGGCCGUCUAUAAGCACGCCGUGGCGGCAGACCCAGGCGCAGGUACCGCGGGUGCGGUCGCAGAUCACGCGCGACAACUGAGAAUAGCGCGGCGCCUGCGCGAGGCUCUGCUCAAGACAUCCGCCAUAGGCGGGCUGCCAAAGACCAUCAACGCCCUCCAGGAGCUCAACAAGGCUGUGCCGCCGGGGUGCCUCGACGAGCCGCAAGGCGGGUCCCCGACCAACCGGCGCCGCGAUGUCUACGACACGCCCGCGCCAGACGUCCUGCGUCGCGGCAGGCGCUUCUUUGACGGGUGCUACGGCAAGGUGGCCCCGCGCGUCAUGACGUCCCUGGACCACUGCGGCACCGAGGACCUUGGCCUUGCCGUGCGCCUCGCCUAUGGCUAUCUCCUCAGUACCACCUCCGUACUCUCCGAGGCCGAGACCUCCUUCGUCAUGAUUGCGGGCCUGGUACCGCAAGAUGUAAAUCCCCAACUCAAAGGGCACCUCAGGGGCGCCCUGAACGGCGGCGCAAGCGUUGAGCAGGUGCGCGCCGUGAGACAGGCCUCCAUCCAGGUCUGCCGGGCGUCGGGCAUGCGCCUGCUCACGGCCGACGACCCUCCUGGCUGCUGGGGCUGGCGUUCCGAGGUCCAGGACCUCUGA